UCGGAUCCAUAAAAGUCCGAUCGUGAUAUCAUGAAUCUUCUCACCAACGUCUCUCCAACACCGCCUGUACCAUCAUGUCACGAACGCCCUCACUCUUCAAUUGCCUAAUCCGCACCCACCAUAUAACAUCCCGCAAGAAACUCUCCCGCGUACGUCGCGCAGCACAACAGCUAAACGUGGACUGGCUGUACGUGCGAAGCGGCGGGUCACCGGGGAUAAUGUUUGCAGAGGGGCGCGAUGAAGCUGGAUUGACAGAGUGGGUAUCUACGGUGCAAGCGCUGCGGUAUAAAGACUUUAAAUGUGUUGCGAAGCCCGCGAAGGCCGAGGGCGUGGGAGGCAAGACGGGGUUUGAUGAGACCGAGUCGGUGAGGGAGUUUGGGAGGGUUAUGGGUGAGAAGGGGCUGGGGGGUUGGUGGAAGAAGGCGAUGGGGUAUGAGGGGGAGUGA